AUGAGACCUCCCAAACUCCACCCACUCAAAAGCAGCCAUCCCUAUAAUCCAGGAUCAUACCCCUUAACUUUCUCUUCCUUUGGUGAACCAACAGUAACCGAUCAGCAACCGACCAGUAGUAACCAGGAAACAGAACUGCGGCAAACAGGUAUCUCAAACAGUAAGACAAGAAGCAGUCCAAUGCAUACAGAAGAACGUGGUGGGGCAAGCAGGUACCAGCAGCCCAUGCAACAUCAAGCUGAAAAACAUCAAAGACAGGGUGUAACCCUGGUUAUGAACCAUGGAGUCAACUUGUGUCAUCACAUCAGGCAGACAGGGAAAGUAUCCCGCAAAACCAA